UGUGUGUGUGUAUAUAUAUACGCGUGUGUCUCUGUCUGUCUGGGAUCAUAUUUAGAAAGUUCGCUGGAGGAGCAACUAUGUUACUGAAGAGCGCAGCGGCGGUGUUGCUGGCGUUGGCGGCCGCCCUGGCGCCGUCCCUGGCCGACGACGCCGGGGAGAGCCAGCAGUCGGCGAAGGAGGAGCAGGCCUCCGGCGAGCGCCUCGUGGACGAAAGCGACAGUAAGGUUCUUCAGAAGAACAAGUUCAUCUUCGGAUCCCUGUCGACCACCACGUACACGGGCGUGGCCGUGUCCACCUCGACCGUGUUCUUCUCGUGCCUGCUGGGCACGGCCGCCACCGUGUGCCAGGGACGUCGCCGACGCCUCAGGAAGAACGUCAAGUUCAACGCGUCCCCCCCCGCCGUCUACGAGAGCGAGUCGAGCCUGGACAGCAGCCAGGGCGCCGCCGCCAAGUCCCGCGAGGAGGAGGACCCCAACAACCAGGAAGUGGAAGAGAAGUCCAGGUUCGCCUUCACUGCCUGGACCACCUCGAGGACCUCCACCACCGUCACCGUCCUCUUCACCAACACCUCCACCACGCUCCGCAUCUCGAUCUUCUGCAUCGCCGGGUCGCUCCAGCUGCCGCAGUUCAACUGUGAGAACGCGUAGAUGGCUCCUUGCGUUUUGUGCAGGAAUUCGAUCCCUUUCUUUACUUUAGGGGAAGCGGGUGGAAGGCCUGUACCUCGAUUUCACGUUUAGGUUAAGAUGGAGGAGAGUCCAAAUGUAUAUAUGCUUUAAUUAAAUGUUAUUAUUAUGA